AAAAAAAAAAAUUAAUUAAACAAAGCAAACAACAAAUACACUGGACCCAACCUGCGAGGACAAGAGGAGGACAGCAACCCCUAUAUGGAAACAUUUACACCCCCCAAAAUUGAUAUGGAUGCCGAUACACCUGUAACCCCCACGCCAACUCUCCGUUCGGCUGUUACUGUGCCUCGCUCUGGAACUGUUCCAGUAGCAGCGCCCCGAACCAUCACGGCAGCAACGCCGCCAACCGUGGCACGAAGCUCAACACGCGCAGCAGCGACGCCGGCGCCUCCGAAACCGCACCGCACCAGAUGUCCGCUCUGUUGCCGUUCACAUAGGCUGCAGCAUUGCUCUAUUUUCAAGGGAAUGUUACCCGUACAACGUCAGAAGGUGGCACAGGCACAUGGGCAUUGUUUAAACUGCUUGGCCCAGUCACACGCCACGCUUGAAUGCGAAUCUGAUACCUUGUGCCGGUUGUGUGAAAGACCGCAUCAUACGUUACUCCACCGGAACGCCGGACAUCCUGGCUCACCCACUGUCCUCCGCCGCCGUACGGCCACCCGACGAUCGCAGUCUAACCGUGUGGCACGGCAUCCAGAAGCUGGAUGGUCCUGGCGCCCCCUCAAUACGACAUCCACGCGAAACCAAAUAAGGCCACAACCUCACCGCCCCACCGGCCUGAGCGGCGUUGUAGCUACGUUACAGGCACUACAGCGUCUACUAGGCUAGUACUCGCCUAGGGGGGCCGGGAUGUUGAGAUGAACUAUAACUAAAGGGCAUCACUGAUCAGUGAAUACAACACUCUCCACAUCAACAUGUUAAGUAGAAAAAAACAGGGCAUCACUGACCAGUGAAUACAACACUCUCCACAUCAACAUGUUAAUUAGGGCAUCAUUGAUCAUCUCCACACCAAACUGUUUUUGUUCCAUUUUUCAUCUUAUACCAACGAGAAGGUGACGCUGUGCCGUUUUUUUGGUUCUACAUUCUUCUAGAAGUCACGUUCGCCGCUGCACGCAUCGUCUAUUCGCAAUCGUCUAUUUGAAAUCGUCUAUUUAAAAAACCGUCCAUUUUAACAUUCUAGAAAGUUCGCAUCG